CGGAAUUGCGGCGAGCCGCUCUUAACCCGCGACGGGCCGCGAAGGAACACUAUGAGACUUUAACGGAAUUAACGCUGCAAAUAAUUUCUAAUGAAAAAAGUAGCAGCAGAGUAGGUACGCGCGAGUCAACAAGAGAGAGCUCUCCUCCCGAACGCGCGCGGGCACAGUGGUUAAAAAUAUAUAUCACCGACGAGUUGGAAUAAUAAUCAAGUUAAACGCAAUGUCAAUUGUACAUUUCCGUCUUUGAUGUCACACGUUAUUACGUCUCCCUUUCUUUCGCACGCACCAGAAAGAAGAGACGGUUAGUUGUGUGCGCCGAUCGCCGAGGAAGCCGAGCCGAGAUUGUUAUUAAGCCGAGUCGAAAUCUGCGGGAACCGGGAGGCUGCCGCGCCGCGUCGAGCGAUGGAUUUUGCGCUUGUGCUGCUCGUGAUGCUCCUGAGGCAAGAAGUCGCUGCUCUGAAGCUACUUCACAUAAAGGUCCCGCCUUAUACCUUGAGGGGCAAAGACGCGACUUUGGAAUGCAGAUAUGACGUGGAGGCAGACAAUCUCUACGGCGUUACGUGGUACAAGGAUAACGAACAAUUCUACAAAUAUGAGGACAAAGGCAAUCCCAAAAAGCAUCGUACCUUUGACGUCGCCGGGGUUAAAGUUAAUUCUAACUUGUCGGACAGCCAACAAGUAACAUUGGAGCACGUGAACUUCAACAGCAGCGGUACGUACAAGUGCGAAGUUAACGCGGAGGCGCCGAGCUUCAAUUCAGUUAGCGACCAGGCGGAAAUGGAGGUCAUAGCUCCACCUAAAAAGAGGCCAGCGAUAACGGGCGAGGAGAAGGUGUACGCGACCGGCGACGUGCUCGCGCUGAAUUGCACCAGCGACAAGUCCCGUCCUGCCGCGCGACUCGAAUGGUUCGUUAAUGGCGAGCAGGUGAGGGAAAACGUACCGAGCAUCACGCUAAAAGAUGACGCGGGGCUGUACUUAACGGUAUCGAGUCUACUGCUCGGGCUGGAGCCGGGCCAUCUCACCCACGACAAGAUAAACGUCAGGUGCAAGGCUACGGUGCAAUCGAGUCUCAACAUCGACGAUCCGUUCGUCGACACGCGCGAGACCCAGGUCUUCGUUCAAGGUCUGGCCAGUCUGACGUCGCCCUCGCUGUGUCUGCUGAUAGCCGCGCUGCUGCAACAACGAUUUCUGCUGCCCGUGUAGAUCCUUCCCCCUUGCUCUUCCUCUCACCCCUCUUCCCGCCCCCCCAACGUGACCAAGGCUCCGAGACGAGUCUAAUACGUGGGGGAAAAUACGGGGAGAAAACGAAUCCGCACGUGGAGGAAAACGAGGAAGGCGACGAGAGAAGCGACGAGCGUUUCGUGACGAAAGACAAUCAUACCUUAAUACGAAGCGAACUGCGACGACAAAUCGGGGAGAUGCGCGCUGGAAUUUAUCGGUCGUUGUCGCAAACAUACACACAUAUAUAUAUAUAUAUAUAUAUAUACACACACACAAACACGUGCAUUCUCUCUCGAUUUUCACACGCCGCCGGUUCUGGUUUAGACCGAAAAGUUUUUCCGAACUGGACAUUGCACCGAUCUGCUCGCUCGUUGUCCCCCGAGGGCCGUCUCCCGCGUAUCUUCUCGGCACGCACGUAAUUCUAGAUAGUCUAAUUAAUCGCGGAGAAAAAAAUUAUAUAUAUAUAUAUACACAUGCGACAACCAAGUGGUUACCACACGAAGGUCUCGCACGUACAAGGAACUUUUUCGCCGACGCUCGUCGAUUUCACUCGGGAAUCGAUGUGCGCGUCGUCGUCGUUAUUUGUGGAAUAGAUGAGAUUCAAAUCUUCGGCCGCUCGCAGAGGUUCAAAACGACAGAGCCAAGUUUUUCGAAAACUUUUUGUCCCAACGCUACGAAAUUGAUUCUGUGUGUUUCCCGUCUCCUCUCUUUCCCCCCCCCUCCCCCCGCCACCGUUUGGUUGUGAAAAGAAAAUGAUAUAAAAUAAAUCUCUCCAGAUUCGAUCUGUCAAUACGGAAUUAAAACAUCGACUUUUUGAUCUCUCCGCGAGAGUUCGAACUCCGUCAAUAUUUAUCUUCCACAUAUCGUUCUGUUAAUAGUUUGUAGAAGAAAGUAAGAGGUGCAGUCAAUCGUGGAUUAGAAAUGAGAUUUUCCGCUGAGAGAACGAGAGAGAGAGAGAGAGAGAGAAGGAGAAAGUAAGUACCUUAUCAGAAAUAACAGCGAUCGAGAGUUUGAAGCUCGUAUCGAGAGUGUAAAAAAGUUUGUAAAAAAUACACUCCGCGGUGUAGACGCGAAUUGGGUGAAGGUUUUUCAUCUAUUUUUGACGUUUGUGAUAUUUUUAAUUGAAAUAACAUAACUAUGCGGAUUCUCCCUGUAUUUACAUACUUUUGCUUUUCAUUCUCUCUCGUUUUCAAACACACAGCGUUCGAAGAUAAAAAUAAUCUGAAUAAAACCAAAGAAGAAACGCGCAGUAUACGAUAUUUUAAGAAAAGGGCUUCUGAGUGCAAGAUAAAAUCUUUCACGUGUGAGAUUGUGUGAAUUUUUUACUUUUUUUCGAACUUUUUGUCGGAGAAUCAAAGAUUAAAAUAGAUCUGAAAGUCGACAGGUGGUUUAUGUAAUAUUCAAAAUUGAAAACUUUUUCACAAUUCCGUUCAGACGUUUCAAUUUCGAUUGUCAUUUCGAUCUUAAAUCAGAAGCUAGUUUUCUAAUUAAUUUUUUUUUGUAGAAUAUAUAAUUUUACUUGCGCGCGCGCACGAUCCGUGAAAAUUAUGCAACCUCGUAGAAAUCAGUUUUUAUCGAGAGCGAGAGACGUCGAGGGACGUCUCAGGAUUCAAGAACCCUCUCGAUGCGAUAUCGUUGUCGAUUGAUAACAGGCGCGAGCACCUCGAGCGACGCCAAUCGUUUGUCGAUAAUUGUACGCGCGGCGCGGCCGAGUGUAAAUAUAUAUACAAUAACUUAGGUAGGCACGUUUUCGUCAAGCCCUCUCCCUUUUCCCCCUCUCCUCGUCGUAAGCUUUCUUCAUUCUAAUUAUAAGUUUUAAUUGGUACGUGUGAUUAAUGUAAGAGACCGGGAAGAAAGUCUCGAAUAUAUAUCUCUCCGAUUGCGCGAACGCCACCGUCUGUUUCGUCAUCUCUUUUUUUUUUUUUUGGAGGUACGUACGAUAAUGCAAUGUCACAAAAAAAACUCGCUGAAGAGCGCAAAGAGAAAAAACAUCUCGUUCAUUGGCGCGGAAAAAAUAUCGCGACGAAAUUCAUUCACCCUCGUAUCAAAUACAAGUCGAAAUGUCUGGAAAAAAAAAAGAAAAAAACUACGUACGUUCGAACACAUUUUGUCUCGUUGCUCCAAAAGUUUGAGAAAUUCAUCGAUUCUCACCCUUUGUGCUUUUCGAUAUUCACGGAAUCGCUCGCGAGAAAUUGCAACGGAACAACAAACGCAACGUGCGCGAAUGAUGUUUAUUGUUUUUUUUUUUUUUUUUCAUCGCGUGAAAAACGCACGCACACGCGACAGUUCAGCGAGCGAUCGCGGAAAAUAUGAUUCACGCGUGUAAGCCGAUUAAUUUGCAAAGUUCAACGUACACACAGCGCUCUCUGGAUAUUUAUACAGGACUCCCCGCGGAAAUGCGUUAUUUUUUUUUUUUUUCUCUCGCCCGAGAUUAAUUGUUACACUUGCGUGUGCGCAACGACGUUUCUCUGCGUGUCGCGCCGAUCGAUAGAUCGAAAGCGAUUGAUAGAGCGAAGUCGUCGCGUACCAUUGGACGUAACGGAGAGCGGCGUAUUCCGAUCGCGCGGAAAAGCGUCGAUUGUGCCUCUCUCUUUCUCUCUCGAGGAAAGUGCGAAAUUAGAAAGUUAAUUUUCACGAUAAUCUCAGACGAGAGAUUAUUAUCUUCGUUGAAGCUUAAUUAGACACUUUGGAGGGUGAUUUGAUAAAGUAUUCGACUUAAGAAUUUCCGAAGGUCGGUCUGCGUGUCGGAUGAUAUUCGUCCCGCGCUCGAUCGUGAAUACGAGAUCAUCUCCCGGUAAAAUCCGGUCGUAAUCGCGUUCGUAAAACGCAAGAGCGACGUAUAAUAGAAAUUCAAUUCGCCGUUGUAUAAAGUUUCCGUGUUAGUUAUGCAAAAUAGUUAUUCGAAAGAUUUCACACACAAUGGGAUCGGCGAUUGCCGAAGCGUCAUAUGUUGCGCGCGCGCGGAAACGACGGCAUUACGUUACGUACACGUUAUUCCGUUUUGUUUCGGUCUCCGUUUCUGUGCAUUUUUGCCGACAACACUGUUGCUACAAAUACGAACGUUAAGCUCUUCUUCCCUUGCGCGUCUCAGAAUCGAUAACUUCCUCCCGAGUGCGGCGAGGUCCCGGCGAUCCGUGGGAUUGUUCGCGGGUGUACGCGCUUAUACGAGGAGAGUCGCGAAAAAGUCGUAAAAAGGAAUCGCGAAUGUGUGCAACCGUUCGUUUAUAGCAAUUUCAGACCGCCGUAAAUCGCCGCCGUCGUCGUCGUCGGAAUGGGAUGUGUGUGUGUGUGUGUGUGUGUUGCGCACGCGGUGUAUCGGGCGAAAUGUUGUUGAAUCAAGCGGAACCGCGCGAGUUUUGGCUCUGAGAUACAAUUUCGCGAGAACGGAAAAAAAGAGAAGAAGAGAGGAGGUACGAAUACGUGCGCUCUCUACAUACGCGAUUUCUGUGGCGAAUUAUUACGUGGCGCGCGCACGCGGCGAAAGUUCUCCCUAUAUGCGCGCGCGAUCGAGGUGUCUCUUUGGCAUGCAAAAGACCCGCCGCUAACUUUAAGGCGGGAGGUCGAAGUUUCGAACGCGCGAGUUUAUCAUUAAUUCUCGCAACGUGCUGCGUCACGGGUUAAGAAGGUAACACGUCAUCGCGACAGUAUGAAGCUAAUACACACGCCGUAUUAAUUACGUGUACGUAUAAUAGUACGUUAUCAAAUAUUCAUUUGCCUCGAAUCUCUUUUUUCUUUCUUUUUUUUCUUUUCCUCCCUUUAACGCGAUCCUUAAUUACCAUCAGAAGAAUACGCGAUUCGCGCGAAUAUGUGACGCGUACACACACGUUUGAUUCUGUUCGAACAGAACAGAGAAUCCCGACGUGGAUUCAAAAAAAAAAAAAAAAAAAA